AUGGGCGCCGUGCUCACUGCCGUCGGCAUCGCGUGCUGCGGCGCGUUUGCGUUCGGGUACCACCUUGGCGUCGUCAACGGGCCGCUGGAGGCCAUCGCCAAGGAGCUGGGCUUCGCGGGCAACAAGGCGCUGCAGGGGCUGGUCGUCAGCAGCACGCUGAUGGGCGCCGCCGCCGGCAGCCUGGUGGGCGGCAGCUUCGCCGACGCCCUCGGCCGCCGCGCGUCCUUCAUGCUGUGCGCGCUGCCCAUGCUGGUGGGGCCGCUGCUGUCGGCGACGGCCACGAGCCUCAAUCCCAUGGUGGCGGGCCGCUUCCUGGCGGGGGUGGCCAUUGGGCUGAGCUCGGCGCUGGUGCCCCUGUACAUCUCAGAGGUGGCCCCCACCAAGGUGCGCGGCACCCUGGGGUCCCUGAACCAGCUCAUGAUCUGCCUGGGCAUCCUGGGCGCCCUGCUGGUCAACGUGGCGCUGCCGGUUACCGCGUGGCGCAACAUGUUCAUGGUCGCGGUCGCGCCCGCCGUCAUCCUCUUCGUCGGCAUGCUGGGGUGCCCCGAGAGCCCCGUGUUUUUGGCGGGCAAGGGCAAGGUCGCGGAGGCCGCUGACGUGGCCCACAAGCUCUGGGGCCCCGCGGGCGUCACGCAGCUGGGAGGUGCGCAGCGCGGCGGCCGGCCGGCGAAGGUGACGUGGCCACAGCCUGUCUUCUCUCGCUUUGCAAGCCGUGGCAGCAGCGGCGCGUCGCCCUGGGUUGAUCGCCCGGCUGCCCCCAUGUAA